CUUCUAUUUUCCAUUUCCCCCUAUUUUCCAUUUCCCCCUGUUUUCCAUUUUCCUCUGUUUUCCAUUUUCCCCUAUUUUCCAUUUCCUCCUAUUUUCCAUUUCCCCCCCAUUUUCCAUUUUUCCCUAAAUUAGACAUCUUUGGGUCUCUUCCUGCUGUUGGGUGCAGCAGCAGUGUCAUUAAGGAUUGGACUUGUCUGUUCUUGAAUGAUUUUGCAGGGAAUUCAGGGUGGAAUUCCAGGAUAAUUACGUAUCAGGAGAAGUUUCUGGAGUUAUUCCAGCCUUCCCACCACAUCCAAGGGUUUCAUCCACCAGCUCCCUUUGUUUCCAUCUUCCAUUCCUGCCCUAAACUGGAGCUCUGGAAUAAAUGGCACAGAUGGGAAUGUCUUGAGCUCUGGAGUUUUUCACUUGGUUUUAGCUUGACCCCUGUGGGGUUUUUGUGCACAAGUGGGAUUUAUAUUUAGUGGAAUGGUUUUGGUGGCUCAGUAAAUUCCAAGGGUUUAGUGCCUGAAGGGAUCACCUUGGAAGCACAGGGCAGGCAUAAAGGGUUUGGAAUCAUGGAAUGGUUUGGGCUGGGAGGGAACUCAAAGCCCAUCCAGUGGGCAGGGAUGGGGACAGAGGGCACUGCCAGGCUGCUCCCAGCCCCUCCAGCCUGGCCUUGGGCACUGCCAGGGAUCAGGGGCAGCCACAGCUGCUCUGGGAAUUCCAGCCCAGGGAGCAAUUCCUAAUUCCCAAAAUCCCAUCCAUCCCUGCCCUCUGCAGUGUGUGCAGGAGCAUCUCCAGCCCAGCCCAGCCCUGUCCCACGUGGGGGUGGGUGGCUGUGUCCUGCAGGAUCCCAUGGAUGUGUCCCAGCUCUGUGUCUGUGUGUCCUACAGGAUCCCAUGGAUGUGUCCCAGCUCUGUGUCUGUGUGUCCUGCAGGAUCCCAUGGAUGUGUCCCAGCUCUGUGUCUGUGUGUCCUGCAGGAUCCCAUGGAUGUGUCCCAGCUCUGUGUCUGUGUGUCCUACAGGAUCCCAUGGAUCCUCUGUGUCUGUGUGUCCUGCAGGAUCCCAUGGAUGUGUCCCAGCUCUGUGUCUGUGUGUCCUACAGGAUCCCAUGGAUCCUCUGUGUCUGUGUGUCCUGCAGGAUCCCAUGGAUGUGUCCCAGCUCUGUGUCUGUGUGUCCUACAGGAUCCCAUGGAUCCUCUGUGUCUGUGUGUCCUGCAGGAUCCCAUGGAUGUGUCCCAGCUCUGUGUCUGUGUGUCCUACAGGAUCCCAUGGAUCCUCUGUGUCUGUGUGUCCUGCAGGAUCCCAUGGAUGUGUCCCAGCUCUGUGUCUGUGUGUCCUACAGGAUCCCAUGGAUCCUCUGUGUCUGUGUGUCCUGCAGGAUCCCAUGGAUGUGUCCCAGCUCUGUGUCUGUCUGUCCUGCAGGAUCCCAUGGGUGUGUCUGUCUGUCUGUCCCGCAGGGAUUACAUGGAUCCUGUGUGUGUCUGUGUGUCCUGCAGGAUCCCAUGGCUGGGUCUGUCUGUCUGUCUGUCUGUCCCGCAGGGAUUACAUGGAUCCUGUCCCAGCUGGGUCUGUCUGUCUGUCUGUCUGUCCCGCAGGGAUUACAUGGAUCCUGUGUGUGUGUGUGUGCUGCAGGAUCCCAUGGGUGUGUCUGUCUGUCUGUCUGUCCCGCAGGGAUUACAUGGACCGCCUCCUGGACGAGAGCGAGAGCGCCGCCUCCAGCCGGGCGCCGUCGCCGCCGCCCACGGCGUCCAGCAGCAGCGCCAGCCAGUCCGAGCGGGACGAGUGCCCCUCCGGCAGCGCCCAGAACGGUGUCUCUGCCAACGGCCCAGGGGAGGUGCCAGGGAAGGAGGAGGCAAAGCUGGAGGGACUGCACGUCAAUGGACCUUGCAGUGGGAAGAAAACACCUCACACAGAGCUGGAUUCAAAUGGCUAUGAACCCGAAAACCUCUCCAGUGACCCCAAAGUUGCUCAUUCAGCCUCACGGAGCGAGCCUGAGCUGGAAGAAAAGAGUGAGAGACCUCUGAAAAGAAGAAGAAUGAACAGCAAUGGGAAGGAGAGCCCCGGUGCUUCAGAGUUCUUCCAGGAAACCAACUCCCACGGGAAGCUGGAGGAGCUGGAAACUUUGGAUGACUGAGUGCUGGGAGCUGAUUUUGUUCCUUGGAGUAAAUUCUGGGUGUCUAGAAUUUUCAGGGUUGAUGGGUUACCUUCCAAAGUCCAGUUCCAUAAACAAUCUGAGAUUUUUUUUUUUUGUAUCCUGAGACCUUCUAGUUGGCUCUAAAGAUCCGAUGAUUUGGUUUUCUUCAGUGCUGAAAAGCAGCAGGAGAAUAUUGAAUUUCUCAGAGCUGGCAGCUGCAGUUCUGGGAUAAAAGGCUCUUAAAUAUUUAAGGAACAAAGCAGUGAGUUGCUGCAAAAAUAUUCCCAGCUUAAUACAUGAAAGAAUGUGUUAAUACAACAUUUAAUGUAUAAAACAGCAUUUAAUCAGUGUGCAAGUGAACAAAGCAUUUGGGGCUUUGCAGGAAGUUAAAAUAAAACAGGAAAAGCCAAGACAGAGCAGGCACAGAGACUUCCACUCCUGCUGGAGAGAGGAAAAUGUCAUCCCAUCAUUAAGGAACCCUCAUGAAUCCUGAAAGUUAUGAGCACAACUAUUUUUAUAUAUAGAAGUUUUAAAAGGUGAAUAAAUAAACCAGGUCAGGUUUGUCUAUGUAAAAUUGUUGACAUCAAUGAUGUCUUUCCAUAUUCUUUAUCUGGGCUAAAGAAAUACAUUCUGUAUUUUUCCAGAUUUCUUUGUAGCCUUUGAAAGAUUUUUACAGUACUUAUGUCUUGAUUGAACUGUCCUUUCUUAAAACAAAAGCUUGUAUAAUUUUCUUACCUUGUACAGUUGGUAAACUUUUAUGAGAGAGUUGAUACCCUGAGUCUAAUGUCAGCUUCCUUUUAUUUUGCUGAAGUCUUUUCUAAAAAAAAAACCAACAAAAAAAUCCCCCAAACCAAACCAAACCAAACCAAACCAAUGGAGUUAAAAAUUAAUCACCAACGUGUUAAUUUUCUUCCCAGAAGCUGGUAAAUAAUUAACAUAAGAAUGGUUAGGAGGCAUUUGAUUUUGGAAACGUGUUGCUGUUUUAUUUUUUUUUUUUUCUUGUUUGAUGGCAAAUAAUGAUGUUUAAAUUUUCGUUAAGCAUGCUGCUUGCAUUGCACACAUUUCCUUGCUUUCUUUCUCCCUUUGUUUGGAACUCAGAGAAAUGUCACAGCAGUCAAAUUCUCGAGUUUACUGAACCUUCUUUGGGUUCAGCAGCUCCACCAUGCCCUGGUUUCUCUUCAGUCCGUGCCCUGCCAGGGAGCAGAGCAGGGGCUGGAAGUGCAGCUGGGAGCUGCUGCUGCAUGGAAUUCCUGAGCAGCACACACAGGGCACAGCUUGCACCUGAACAUCUCAGAGGUCUUUUCCAACCUGCAGGAUCCUGGGAUUCUGUGUUGGUGCACAGGGACACGCUCAGCUGGAGAAGGGAGAGCAGGAAUUGCAGGUUGAGCUGGGGAGAACUAAUUCCAGUGUGAAAACCAAAAAUUCCUCGUAAGUAAACGGGGAUGGGGUGAUGCUCACCCUGCCAGCAGCACCUCGGAGAAGCUGUGGGUGUAGGAUUUACAUCCAGCAAUCAGGAACGUUUGAAAUCCCCAUUCAUUUUGGUUUUGUUUGGUUGUUUUCUUCAGCCCAGCUCCACUUCUGCUCUGUUAAAGUCCGGGAUAAUUGUUAAUUUGUACCACUGCUAACCCUGGGUCCUCCUCCUCCUCCUCACAGGUGUGCUCUUCAUCCUUCAUGGGUUAUUUUCUCUGCAGGUUUAUGCUCUUGAUGGUUCCACUUGAACUGAAUGGUUUGCAAUGGAUGUUUCAACCCCAGCCCCACUGCUGAGGGCUUGGGCUGACUCGGUUUCUUCUCCACUCAACUUUCCUUGGACUUUGGGAUCAGGAAUGAGCCAAGCCUCGGGAUGAGGAUGGGUUAUGGAUGCAGGAACCCUGGGGAAUGAUCAGCUCUGCCUGCCAGCCCUGCUCCUGGAGAGCCUCUGGGUGAGGUUCAUUAAUUAAGGCCUGUGUUAAUUAAGGAAUGCAGUGAUUAAUGCCUGAGGCAGAGGUUGCUGUUAACUCUCCCCUCUGGUUACGAGCAGAACCUCAAAGAGGGUUCCACACAAGCAGAAUCCUAUUUGCAGUUUUAUUUUGAUGCUCUUUGUUUUCGGUUGCAAGUUGGAAAUACUUCCAACAAUCCAUAGGAAAGUUUCCAAAUGAAUUGUCUCAGGCUAGUGUGUGAAAUCCAGCACUGUGUAUAUUUUCAGGAAUGUUGCUUUGUUUUUUAUCUUUCCUUUUUUUUUUUUUUUUUUUUUUUUUUUGGUGAUACUUAGAAGAGACCUGACAUUCCAUAAUCCACUAUGUAAUGCUCAGCUAGACUUUAAGAAUAUUUAAUUCUAAUUUACCUUUUGUUUAUGCUGGUGUUUUAUACAAUACUUUGUUCAUGUUUCAAACUGCAGCCACUGUAACUCAGUAAGUCAUUGCACUACUAAAGCUAUUGAAAAUCCUGGAAAUCUCCUAACUUUGCUUUCAUUUUCCAAGCCUUCUGUACAGUUGGGAAUCCAGUCCAACAGGAAAUCCUUGGGCUUCCCAGAGGGUUCAGUGUGCUAUAAAAUCCACCCCCCCCCACAAACCCUACAGAUCAGUUUGAUACAUUUUUUCCACACAGUAUUUUGCACUGUCAGUAAUUCCCUCCUCUUACUCCCCUUCCCCGUCUGCAAUUCUGGAAAAGCUUAUUAAAGUAUUUUUAAACUUCC